GAGCUGCAAGCUCAACGCCCUCCCACGUACCCCUCCUAUCAUCCCAAUCAAGACCUCGACAACUCUGGCCCCAGCCAAACUCCUUACGAGCAUGGCAUCACUCUACAACAUGACGAGCUCCCAGAAGAACCUACAGAUGAUCCGUUUGACGCGCCCAACCCAUCUGGCUCUCUUAGAGAGGCACUGGGAAGAAGUGUUGCUGCAGCAGAAAUCCGAGCAAAGGAAGCUGAAUCAUUAUUUGGUAGUAUUGCCUCGCAAUUGGACAAUCAUUGGGCCGCCCCAAGUCACAACUCACUCCCUGAUAAUCAACAUUUGACCCUCAAAAACUUCUGCAAAGAUCUAGCUGAAGUUGCUACCCAUCACUUUGAUGCCUACAUAAGCGGAAAACAGGUAUCAAAAAUUGAACCAAUUCCUGAGAUUUGCUGA